UAGAGAGAAUAGAGAGAGAGAGACACAGCCUGCUCCUUUUUUAUUGUAGCCACAGACACACAGAGACUAAGGCAGGAAGAUGGCGAGCACCAGAUUCAUUGCUGUGACCCUGCUGGUCGUUUUCAUCCUCCAGACCUUCCUUCUGCAGACAGAGUCAGCAACUUGCUGCCUGUCAUAUGCCAAGUCAAUUCCAAAGUGCCACAGGAUGAAGCGCUACACCAUCCAGACAGACAUGGGCAUCUGUGACAUGGAUGCCAUCAUCUUCCACACAAAAAGGGGUGCCUCCAUCUGUGCUAAUUCAUCAAAUGGGCAAACAAAGAUGAUAAUCGAGUGCCUUAAUGCAAGACACAAGGGUUUACCUUGAGGAGCCUACCCAAACCCUAAGUCACGCAACACAAAGGCAAUGCAAAGAAGUUUAAGAAGACAAAGUCUUUUGAUUGUUUCAUUCUUGUGUGUAUUUCACUACAUGUAUUUCAAUAAUUUGAUGGAGAGAUUUUGAGAGAUGUAAAAUGUUUAAACCAGGGUUCUCCCCAAAAUACAUAAACAUGGGUGUCCGAUGCCACCCUUAAAAUCCCUCACAGGUUGUCAGUCUGCUUUUACAUCAGUCUUUUCAGUUUUGCUGCUGCUGUAUAAAAGCUUUUAAGUGUGUGUCAAAAGCCCACCUGUCAGAAGCGCCAAUCUGAUUGGCCACCCCAUUGGCACGUCAUUGGCUGUUUUGCCAGGCACCGGUUUUCCCGUUUGCAAGGUUGGAAAAUGUACUGCAGUAAUCGUGGUGAGACAGCUUGUACAGUGAAUUUACUUCUAAGUUAAAUUUGUAAGCCUUUAAGGUUUAUUUUGCUAUUGUCAGGGUGACAGGUUAAACAUUUUGAAUGUUAUGGUUGAAAUAUGAAUGUUAAGGUUAUGGUUGAAAUAUCAUUGAAAUUACAUCAAUUACAUUAUAUCAAACUAGCUAGUUAGCUAGCUGACUAAAUUGAAGACCAGUGACUAGUUAGCUAGCUAACGACCGUUAGUCGGAACAAUAAAUUACUUCAAUGCUUAUGUUAAUAUAAUAUGGCUCCCUUGUGUACUACUAGCUAACUAACUAGUCAACUAAAUCUAUAUUGCCAAAUCGCUAAUUUAUCUAGUUAGUUAGGUGGCGUAACGUUAGUGUUAAAUUAGCUAGCUAGCUAGAUAGUCAGAUAAUAACUGUCACUAGCUUACGUUAGCUAGAAUGCCAGCGCAUAUUUUCGACCUGCUACGUGCGAUAAACAGCAAAACAUGGUAUUUACAACUGCCUUUCCACCAUAGAAAACUGUGACAUGCCUACAAACAAAACAGCCAUUAGGAAAGUUAGCUAGGUUGCAAACCAAGAAGCCUUAUUGUCGUGCUGUAUUAAUUAAUCGUCGAUGUAUUAAUAUUACAAAAUGUAUAUUACAUUUGUUUGUGAACAUUAAAAUUAUGUGGAGCUAAACAACAUCCUUGUGUCUUACCGCUCUAUUGGGAGCAUUAUUGAAUUUAAAUAAAGCUCAUUUUUCUUA